AUGGAAACGAGAAUUUGCCGCAUUUGUCUCAACAACACAGCAUCGAUUUCCAUUUUUGAGAAACAGGAGGAUGUGCAAUAUAGUACGAAAAUAAUGAGAUGUGUGAAUGUGGUCAUUGUGGAAGGUGAUGGUUUACCAGAUGCGAUAUGUAAAAGUUGUGCCUCAGAACUGUGCACGACAUACGACUUUGUAAAUAAGUGCGAAGCUUCGGAUAAGGCACUCAGAUGCAUAAAAAUUACAGACCAAAAUGAUGAGCUAUCAAGACCCGAUCCCGAAAUCAAAUUGGAAAAUAUUAAGCAAGAAAUAUCUCAAGAUGAUGAUGGUCACUUUGACAGUUUCUUAUUAGAAGACCACAAAGACUCGUGUCCCUAUGAUGUUAAGAAACGUAGAAAAAAAUAUACGAAAACUAAAAAAUUCAAAGAGGGAUUAGAUAGGCGGAAAAACAAGUCUAAAUCAGGGCCUGUUAUAUGUGUUGUCUGUGGUUAUGUAGCCGCCAGCCGCUCUGCCAUGGAGAGUCACAUGAGAACCCACACUGGAGAGAAGCCCUUCAUAUGCCACUAUUGCAAUGCCAGAUUCAACCUUAAGGGCUCUCUCAAAAGGCACAUACUCACACACCACACAGAAAGGGAAAGGAAAUUUAUUUGUGAAACUUGCGGUAAUAGUUUUUUAACUAAAAAUAGUAUCGUAACACAUAUGAGGGUGCACACAGAUGAGAGACCCUAUGUUUGUCCUUUCUGCCCUAAAGCAUUUAGACAAAUUGCUUCAAUGAUCCGUCACAAGCGUAUGCACACUGGGGAACGCCCAUUUACAUGCCUUAUCUGUUUCAAAAAGUUCACAGACAAAAGCCACAUGGUGAGGCACCAGGUUGUCCACAGUAACGAGAAGAACUUCACUUGUCAUUUGUGUAGUAAGUCUGUUAAAACAAGGAAUGCACUCAAAAGUCAUAUGCGGACUCAUUCCAAUGAAAAACACAACAUAUGUAGUUACUGCGGGAUGACAUUUUCUUUGAAAGGUAAUCUCCAAGUACAUAUAAAAAGAAUACACUCUGAAAAGUCUGGUGAGUGCACCGAGUGUCAAAAAACAUUUUCAGAUUUAGCGUCACAUAUGCGUAAGCAUACAGGAGAGAAACCGUUUGUGUGUAAGUUGUGUGACCAAGGCUUUGUAAGUAAGAGGAGUUUGUCUAACCACAUGGUGUUUAGACAUGAGAAUGCAUCAAAAUUCAAAUGUUCUAUAGGGGAUUGUACAAAAACAUUCCCUACAGCUAUGAUGUUAGAGUUUCAUUUGUUAAAGCACCAUACAAAUCAUACUCCUUACAUUUGUCAUCACUGUUCAAAAGGGUUUUUCCGGACCAGUGACCUCUCUCGCCACCUUAGAGUGAGUCACAUGGACACAAUCAAAGUGACUGGGAAAGGUCUUGUUGUGUAA